AUGAAACUUGUGAUUGGAACAGCUACUGACGCCCCGGUUCCUGUGUACGACUUUCAAAAGAAAGCAAUCACAGAACGAUUGGCUGGAGUUUCUAGUCCAACAUGGAUUGAAUGGGAAAACAAGAGCAAGCACCUUUACGUUGCUAAUGAAGUCGAGAAUGGUUUCGUUAGCGUAUUUAAGUGGGAUUCCAACAAAUUUGAGAAAGUCGACGAGUUUUCUGUUCAAGGUCAUAGCCCUACCAGCCUAUGUGUUUUGGAAAAUGGUGCAGUAAUCACGGCUAAUUAUGGAAGUUCCUCCAUUAGCAAAAAGCAUAAGAAGAAUAAAGAAGUACCUGCUCCAGUUCAUGAGAAGCCUCAUGUCUGGUAUCAUGAGGGAAAGUCUUUACAUCCCGAGCGCCAAAGAAAAUCUCAUCCUCAUCAAGUUUUGAAGCACGGACACUUGGUUUUCUCUGUUGAUUUAGGUCUUGAUCGAGUGGCUAUAUUUGACUCUGAAACUACUUCGACAGAUCCGAUAGCAGUACUAAAGGUUCCGUCGGGAUAUGGUCCCAGGCACGCAGUUGUGCACAAAACACUUCCUGUUUUAUACGUUAUUUGUGAGCUUUCAAAUCGCAUAUGCGUGUUUGAUACCAGAAAUUUUGAAUGCAUUCAAGAUGUGUCCAUCCUUCCCGCAAAUGUGACUUUAGAGCACGACCCCCAAUUCCCGCAGCCACCCAGUGCUGCUGAGAUUGCAAUAGUUUAUGAUGGACCUUUCCUUGUGGCUUCUACACGCUACCUUGGAAAUUACGAUACUGAUACAUUGUGGACAUCGUCUCUGGAUCCUCAUACCGGUCGAAUAAUUGAAGGCACCGAUUCGCAUACAGAUUUGCAAGGACGAUGCCCAAGACAUUUUGUGUUCAACGAAGGUGCUUCUUUACUGGCAGUUGCAAUGCAGGAUGAAGAUUUAGUUCAGGUCUACAAAAGAGAGCCAAAAACCAUGAAGUUAGAUCUUUUAUUUACUAUCCCCACGCCCAAGCCUACUUGCGCUGUGUUUAUUGAAGACGAGGCCCUUGAAGCAAAGUAA